AGACUACAACGCAUAUCUUGGGCCACGCCCGGGCGCCCCGUCGAGGUCUUUUCCGUACCGUCUACAACUUGAAUGUACUGUACCCCCCUCUGUGUCGACAGUACCGAGUACCAGCUGGCAGGUAGACAGCUAGCAGCAGACAUAUGACCGGGGCGAGCAAGCCCACAGCACGCGAUCCACGGCCGAGCUCUCGGCUGUCGACCUCGGCCGUGCUAGGGCGGUACUGUGGUACAAGACCGACCUGCAGAGCCCACGCCAAAACAUCAAGGCAUCCCGGCAUCUUCUUCAUCUGUGAUGGACCCCUGUUCCCGUACGUCUCUCCCGAGGCCUUUUUUUUCCCUCUCUCGCCCUCUUCACCUUUGCUCCUCGAAUUGACGAGCAAAGAAGCAAAAGGGCCCAGGCCAUGCCCUUGCCCCAUGCCCUUGCCCCAUGCCCUUGCCCUUGCCCAUGCCCUUGUCCCCUCUCCACCCCCAAGCUCGCCGCCCUCCUGCCCAUCAUCCCGUGGCACCUGCCGUUGCCUGUCCUCUCGACUCGCCUGCACCACCCGCACCAGCCCAGCAGUUGUACUCCGUACCACAGUACUGUACAACUAAUAACUGCUGCUGCAGAGCAGUAUCCCAUCUGGGCUGUCUGGCUGCGCACUUGCACGCACUUGCACUCGCACUUGCACUCGCACUUGCACUCGCACUGGCAUUUGGUAUUUGGCACUGGCGCUGGGCUUCUUUCUCAUUCGGACUCGCUCGACGCUGCGCCAGCAGUAGCAGCAGUAGCAGCAGCGGCAGCAGACUUGCUUUGCGACCUUCCUAUUCCUCCCCAAUUAACCUAGACCUGCCCUGUCCCGUCCUGUUCCUGCCCCCGACCCCGACUUGACCUCGACCUACCUGCCUGCCUGGGCUCUCUUGCUUGGCUUCGAAUGGCUCAACCCGAUGUGCCCUCCUGGCCUUGACAGUCUGGAAUCCAAUCCAUAGACCAGCCUACCCAUACCAUCCGUCAAACCACCCCCCCCAUCCAUCCAUCCAUCCAUCAUCCAUCCCAUCCAUCCCACUCUAUUCCCCCAUUCCCGAACACCAUCUCUCCUUCACUUGCGCCCUCUUGUCGCAAUUCAGUUCUGUCCCUCACUUUUGUGGUACCGCACCACCCGCACCUCACCAAUUGUCUGCCUCGGCCUCGGCCUCGACCUCGACCUCGACCUGGAUCUUGACCUCGACAAUUGACCCUGACUCUGGCCCGUAUCGUAAAAUCAACCAUCCCGACCCAGCGCCGGGACAACCGCUUGCUAGUCCCCAGCAGCGCAGCGCGGCACCCACUGGGCACACGACACACCUGCACCCUCCCUCUCGCUCUCUAACUCUCCCAAAUUCCCAUCUCUGACGUGCUCGCCCGCCAUCCUGAAUUGAUACUGCAUUGUGUCCUGGUCCUUGGUUGGAGCCUCGGGACACUCACGGCGCGCGACAUAGGGAACGAACCAGGGACGGACUAUUCGCCCAAUCCAUUCCCCUAAUCUGCCUACCAAGUCGCAAUUCUCCUGAAUCCACUCUAUAUCCGGUCCGAACCCACACGGCGUACGGCGACCUUCCUUGACCAUUACUCGACCGUCCGUCCGCCUCAAUUCGCCACGGUGCUCACACUCUCAUUCGCAUUCUAUGUCACCAGCACCAGUGACCUCUCACUCCGCCGAUAUUUGCGACAGCCCCUGCCGCCCUUCCCCCACCUGGUCUCCCCCGGCUGCCUCGACCUGGUCUUUCAAUGCCUCGUUGAGCCUCACACUGCCAUACUCACACCUCGCCAAUCUAACCUUGGCAGCGCAUCCCCCCCGCGACUUAUAGCACUCCUGAGCCCGCCCACCGCCCACUUGCGAACGCCCAUUCGGACCAGCGAUCACAAAAAUUUGGUGCCUGGGCCGACAAUCGCCCGCGGCGUUGGGAGACCACCGCCCAAGUUGGAUUGUCGGUUGUUGGGAAUUCCAGCCCCAGAAGCCGUCCCGGGCUAUUCGCACCACGCCCAAGCUGCCUGGCCCAGCUUAAUUUGUCCCCGGCAAAGGCGCACCAGUCGCGAGACUGGCCGCGGUCUUUGGAAUCAACGCCAUGGACAGGAUCGGCGCCAACAUCAUUUACGUCGAUCGCAGGGCGGUUGAGGGUCACACUGCCGACUUUGGCGUCGAUGAUAGCGUCGCAAGUAAUGGCGCCCCCGCUGCGGAGACAGGACACUUGGAACAGAGUAUCAGAGCGCUGAAAGAUGCAUUUGGUGGUGUCCAAGUUUGCUCGAGUAGCGCGUCCUGUCUCUCUGCCCUGACGGCUCUCCACCACACCUCCACGAUCGACCAAAUACCCACGAUAUUACUGAUAGACACCCCUUACGAAGAGAACGUGACAGAUCGAACUUCCCGGUCCAGAUCCCCCUCGCCUCAUUCGCGGCCAGUGCAAGGAAGCGAGCCCGAGGCGCAGAUAUCCGAUGUCGAGCUUUACGGGUUGCGGUUAUUGCAGAGGGUCGUCGCGGAGGCAGACAUGUUGAAGCUGUUGAAACUCGUGGUGCCGAUACCCGUCAUUUCUCCGCCUGCGAUGCCUGAGGCUGGUCCUGCAACUGCGCCGGGCUUGGCGGAGACUGGCGCCAUUGGCGAAACCAUUGUGUCGAAUUACUCCAAAUCCAGGCCGGAAUUGGUCCGCAGGUGUCUCGAGUACGGAGCAGUCGAUGUUAUGACCAGCCCUCUUCAGAGGCAGAACAUUGAGAGUAUCGAGGUUCACGCGUACAAGGCUCGUCAAGCCGCAGCAAGGGAACGAGAGGCAGUCCUGCAGGUCCGAAAGAACAGAAAACGUUCAUGGGUUGGCGUCGACACCGGGGGGAAGCCGUUCGCCUAUCUUCGUGAAGCGAUGGUGUCGGGUCUCAUGAAGGGAAUCUGCAGGUUUGACGACGAGGAUGAAACUACUCUUGGAACGUUUAGGAUAUCAGUCCCAGCAGAAAGACAGGCGAGAAUCGCUCAAGCAGUCGGCCAGUGGCACUUUUGCGCCCACGACUUCUCCGAUGACGAGCUUGUUGUGGCCGCCUCACUCAUGUUCAGUCACGCCCUCUCCAUGCCAGAAUUGGAACAAUGGAGAAUCCCGCCAGACCAACUCACUCAAUUCGUCAUCGCCUGCCGAGCUGCCUACAAUAGCUUUGUGCCGUACCACAAUUUCCGUCACGUCGUUGACGUUCUACAAGCCACUUUUAGCUUCCUUCUCCACACGAACAUAAUCAUGCCUUACAUCUACUGCGACGCCUCGGACGAUGCGCCGAAAUCCCCCGUGGAAGCUCUCAUGACGCCGUUCGAGGCUCUAACGUUACUCAUCACGGCCAUCGGACAUGAUGUGGGACAUCCGGGCGUGAACAACGGCUUCCUCGUUACACUGAAUGCCCCCCUCGCACAGCUUUACAACGAUCGCUCGGUCUUGGAGUCUUUUCAUUGCGCCGCAUUCUCACAAAUUCUAAGGAGGCAUUGGCCCUCCGCCUUCGAAGACAGGAAAAUGCGGGGCCUCAUGAUCAGCUCCAUCUUGGCAACUGACAUGGGCCUGCACUUUGACUACAUGAAGAGGCUGGCAGACUUGAAAGAAAAGCUGGCAGCCAACGACUCCACCGAAGGAUGGAACAGCCGCAUGGUCGAGGAGCAGAAAGGCCUCGCGUGUGCUCUGCUGAUCAAAUGCGCGGAUAUUUGCAAUGUGGCGCGCAGUCAUGAGACGGCAUUGCAAUGGAUGGAUAUUCUGGCCGACGAAUUUGCUCGACAACGGUCUAUGGAGAAGGAACUCGAGAUCCAGACUUCGCUGAUGGCGCCCCCUCUGACAGAACGAGCUUCUCAGUUCAGAUCUCAGCUCAACUUUAUGAACAUGUUCGCCAUACCUCUCUUCCAAGGAGUGGCCGAUGUGCUGCCAAACAUGAGAUACUGCGUCGCCGAGCUCACGACCAACUCGGAGCUCUUCCAACAAAAAAUCGCAGACGCACUCGCAAAAACGCACCCAGACCGCCGGACUAGCCGCCAGGACCCGCCUCAACACAUCAGCAGCACGAAACCAAACUCUGCGUCUGUUCCGGCCGUCGAGCAGAUCGCCAGGUCGGCAAGCACUCCGGAACUGAGAGGCGGCUAUCAGGCGAUAAAUGGCAUGGGGCCGCAUUUCGAACCUGUGAAGGAGCUCGCUAUCGGCGAUGAAGGACCUAUCGGGCCGGAACGGCAACGCUGUAGCGAGACAACGACCGAGGGCAGUAGUUUUGCCCAAGUCAAUGGCGACUAUGCCAGCAGCGCAACGACCGGCAAGAUGCCCCUCUCGCCCAGCACGAAAGGAACGAGCGUUGUUAGCCAGGAAUCCAUCGAGCGGCCCAAAAGUAACCCGAUUCCAAUGAUUUCAGCACCAGACUCUGCAAAAAGCAUGACCGAGCCAAAAAUGGAUGGUCAGCCAAUUUUCGAAGUGGAGACAGCAAGCACUCUCAAGUCAACCGACGACAGAUCGGUCAAGAAGAGGCCAAGUCGCUUCCGCAUGAACGCUUUCCAGUUCUUUAGGAGACACAAAUCGCCUGGUCCUGCUGCAGAAACACCCUGAACAUAUCACGGCCUGCGAAUUGUUUUCUCCCAUACUAAUCGGCCGAAUCUUUUCUCAACACGUUUUCCAGAUGGAUGACGAAGAGGAAUUAUCGGCCGUUUCCUAAGGUGGUUGGCGAUCUCACGAGCGAACAAUGAUGCGACUGGCCCUUGCAUAAGCAGCAAGUACCAGAGCAGGAUGUCCGUGCUCGGUGAUCGACCUGUUCGCCCACGUGCGAGUAAUGCGACAAUGGAGCGCAAGACUGGUUGGAGACCGGAGGGCAUAAUGAAGACGCCCUCCAUUUUGGACCACUAUGAGAUAACAUAAAUCGUCUCAUCAACACUCCAUCAUCCAGCCACCCAAGUCAUUCACAUACUAGAAGAUCAAGGACAUGCGAGCCGUCACUCCAGUGUCCAACCGCGCUUCACGGCACGCAGACCACGUGACGCAUUUUUGAGUCGCGCACUCCGCACUGGGUCCCGACUCGGUCAGGCCGAUAUCAAUCGGCCUGACCGGGCCAAGAACCAUCGGCAGGCGCUGUUUUUUGUUCAUACUUUGUUUUUUUUUGGUUGGUUUUUUUUUUUUUUUUUGGUUAUGAUGGCAGCGCAUCGCCUGCCAUCGCCUAUUUUAAUUCUUCUCCUACCUAUUUGACUCCACAUUCCGGGCGAAACGGUACCUGGCUAGGAGAAGCCCUCUGGCAUGGCACAAGAGACGUCCCGCGGGAAUCGCUGGAGCCACCUUGCCGUGCAGCGAAUUAGAUCACGUCGCCUCCACUUGGAUGUGUCAUGACAGACAUGGCCCGCGAGCCAAAGUGGGAGGAAUGCUAGCAUAGACGUGGUCGAAGAGAAGGUUCAAGUUAUAAAGAGCAGGGAGGAGACGUGAAUGAAGGGUUGGUGUGUUGGUGAACCCGCGUCAAGACCUAGUGUCUUAUGUAUAAAUGUAUGACAAAAGAUAUCCCAUUAAGCAGUUUUGCUUCCGUUAAAUCUCGAUUCGCGUCGUCGGUGUUGGACUGUGACAAUAGAGACUGUGAUGAGGGCCGAUGUCAGCUAGGUGCGACCUUGUUGCAGCGUCUCCUACCUAGGUAGGCC